AUGAAAAACCAAUUCACCAUAAUAUACCUUUUCCUCGUGACACUUGUAAAUGUGGCGGGAAAAACUGCGACACUGUAUGGAGCCGGAGCGUCAUUUCCGAGUCAGGUGUACAGCGAGUGGAUAAAUGCAUACAGGAUCUCCCGCCUUGCGCACAUUGACAUCGACAUGCGUUACGAAGUCGUUGGAAGCGGCGAAGGCAAGAAAAGAGUCAUGGGAAAGGGUCCCGCUGUGCAUUAUGCGGGUUCAGAUGCGAUGCUCACUGAGACCGAACAAGCGAAUUACACGGAUCUGCGCCUCGUACAAACGUUGGCAGGUGCCGUUGUGCUGGUGUUUAACGUCCCUGAUGUAAGCAAACUUGUCUUGAACCUUGAUGUAGUCACAGGAAUCUACAACGGUACGAUUCAAACGUGGAAUCAUACAGACAUUGUAAGGCUUAAUCCCCAAAUUAAACUUCCGGAUGCCAAUAUAGUUCCAAUUGCGCGCGCAGACGACUCUGGAAGUACAAGCGUUUUUACAUCAGCUUUGUCUUCGGUCAGCCCGGAAUGGAGAAAACAUUAUGGGACAUUUUCGAAAGGUUACAAUUAUGUCACCAAGGCUCCAUUUUACUGGAACUCGAGCGUCGUAAAACAAUUCGGUCAAACAACAGUCGGCGCAGUUGGGCUCGUACUUUCAACAGAAUUCUCGUUAUCAUACUCGUCUUUGUCAGACGUUAAAUCCUUCAGCAUUAACCACGCUUGGUUGCAAAACAGUCAAGGCAACAUUGUAAACGCCUCAAUUCAGUCUGUCCAAGACGCCAUUGUGAGCGCUGAUGGCAAUCUGAGUAUUGUGAACACUAAUGGUUCAUUCGCGUACCCGCUAUCAACGUUUACGUAUUUUAUUGUGUACAUGACGUCAAUGACGGACUGUGACUCCGCGAUUGAACUCGUACGGUAUAUCACGUGGUUGUCGACGUCAGAACAGGCCGCCAUAUCGGCGGAACGGCUGGGCUUUGUCGCCCUGGAGAAACACACGUCAGACUUGAUUGCGGAUCAUACGCUCAAGAUGAUAACAUGCAAGGGACAAAAUGUGUGGGAACUGAUGCUGCAGCAAAUCGCAUUAGAAAACGCCUUGGCCGAAGAUAACUCGUGGAAAACGUACGUGUAUAUCGGCGUCUCUGCAGGCACUUCCGUAAUGGUGAUUUUCGUCGUACUUUAUAUAAAAUACCAGUACGGUAUUCAUAGGGAAUUAAUAAAGAAUACAUGGAGAAUACCUCAUUUGAGCAUAAAGUUAGACGGCCAGCAAUAUUCCACACCUUCGACUCCUAUAUCGUCAAACGGAAGUAACGACAUGUCUAACCGUAUUCAUUUCGGAGAUGGUUACAAUUUGAAUUAUGUAAGAUAUGGAAAAUUAAAUCAUCAAAAUGUUACUUUAAUAAAGUUCGGUCUUAAAACGGAACCCGUGUUUUCAUUGAAACAAAGACGUAUGAUUUUAUGGCAGAUUAAAACCGUUAGCCAUGUCAAUGUGAUGCCCUUAGUUGGCUUAACACAACUAACCGAAUCAUGGCAUUCUGUAUUCAUGUGUCACUCGCGAGGCAACCUCAGUGAAAUUCUAAGAGACCCUAAAUUUAAAUUCCACGACAAAAUGUUUGUAAUACUGGCAAAAUGUUUGGUAAGCGCCAUCUCAUAUUUACACAGAAAAGACAUUGUCCAUGGGCGACUGACGUCCAAAUGCUGUUUCAUCGACAGCACGUGGAACCUAAGAGUAACUGCGUGGAACGAAGUUUGUAUUUAUAAACACAGCAGGUCGAACUCAAGUCACAAUAAAAUCCUACCAAUUGAUUGGAGCCCUGAGGAUGAGUCGUCUGCGGAACUGCUAUUGUUCACAGCUCCAGAGGUCAUUAAAUAUCGGAGUGACGUCACACCAGAAACAGAUUCCUAUAGCUUGGCAAUGGUUUAUCAAGAGAUCUUUUCUCGAAAACCGCUCUACACAGAGCUAAGUCUAAAACCUACAGAGAUUUUGUAUGCAGUAGUCACCUGCGGAAUCCGUCCGCGUAUCACCGAGAAGACGCCGAACGUUAUCCGGUUGAUUAUGGAACGUUGUUGGGAGAUCGAUCAAGCCUCGCGCCCGAGUACCGCGUCCAUAGAGGUCGCUCUGCACAAGGAGUUUCCAGACACCGUUUCUUUGCUGGACUGCAUGACGGACACACUAGAGCAGUACGCGGUCGGUCUAGAGACCAAACAUAACGAAUUGAAGGCCGAGUUUGAAAAGAUAAAAAAUCAAAUCAAUACGAGUCUUUACCAUAAUGUCCCACCUCCCGUAGCAGAUAUUCUGCUCAACAACAAGAAAUACCAGUGCACACAGUACGAGAGCAUAUGCCUUAUGGCUUUCGCCGUCUGUCACGUGGAAAAUCUUGUUGUGCACACGACGCCGACGGGGUUUGUGAACCUGAUGACACAUUUCUUUUCGUCACUUGACCAAGUCCUUCUGAACAGUAACCUGUAUUGUCUACACGGUCAAUGCGAAUACAACGUGUAUGCGAUAGGAAUGACUUUUGAUUCAGACGCAACAGGGUAUAAUGCCACUAAGGCUGCGAUAGAAGCGGUUAAGGCUGCAAAGAAUAUUUUCAAUUUUACAAGAAAAUUUAGUGCUGAGCGAUUAUCCGGUAUCAAUGCCGAGUUAAUGCUGAAGUUCGCGAUCACUCUGGGCCCCGCAAUUACGGGCGUGGUUAAGACUAAGCAGCCCAAGUUUUCGGUGUUCGGUAAGGCGAUGGAGGAGGUCCGUGACCUUUGUGCCAACUCAUCUGCAGGCAACAUCAGACUGGCGCCGAGCGUGUUUCAGACCUUUCGCGCAGUAAACGAAGAAACCAUUCACAUACAAGAGGUCAACGAGCAAAAACAAUAUUAUAUCGACAUUGAUGUUUGCUAUUGUGCCUGAGCCGCGCUGUGCAUACCGACGAUGUGCGGGGAUGGAUUUGUGUCUGCAAUGGCGAGUGGUUUACCAAGGCCUUUAAGUCCAUACGGGGAUUGGCCACGAAUAGUCAAAAAUCCGUUCCAGUCGUAUUGUUCACAGAUUAAUUUUCAUUCCUGGAAAAUUACAAACAGAACCAUGUGGUGAUUGGUGUCGUACAUUGUAAUACACGAAUGUGUGUAUUCUAUACUAAAUGCGCGAAAUAUGUGACGCCUAAAUGCGACAUUAGAUAAUUACUUAGCUUUACACGUAUUUGAAUUUCAUUUUGCAUUUGUGGAACCGGUCUAUUAUCUCGUGUUAUAUCGUAUAUUUCUAAAAGAUCAA